CGCUCCUCCGGGUUCAAACUUUCCCUCCUCCUCCUCCUCCUCCUCCUCCUCCUCCUCUUCCUCCCUAAGCUGGACGCGUCCCUCAACUUCUCCUCACUCUGAGUUAGUCUGCGCUGCGUGGAGGUGAAAGUUUGCCCCGCGCCGCGCCACGCCGCGCCACGCACCGCGCGUCCCGCAGCGGAUGGGAAUCCACGUGUCUGGAGCCGCUUUUCCUCUCCGAAAACAAAGUUGAGGCGCUUUGGAGGGAAGAAGAAGAGGAAGAGGAAGAGGAGCGGAGCGGAGCGCGCCUCGGUCGGCCAUGGAGACCUCGUCACCGCCAGCCGCACAGAAAAAGGACAAAAUGGACGGCAGCAGCUUCAGCGACCUCCCCAAGAAGCCGUCGCCCUCGGAGACCAGAGCGCCGCAGCACCUCUUCCCCACCUUCCACACGCCGAUCCCCAUCAACAUCCGCCAUCAUGAGGGCCGGUACCACUACGAGCCGCACGCGCUGCACGCCAUGCACAGCCCUGCAGGUCUGACCGGCAGCCCCGUCAUCUCUGACAUCUCCCUGAUCCGCCUGUCGCCCGGCGCCAUGGCGACCAGCGAGUCGCCGUUCAGCCCGCCUCACCCGUACGUGUCGCCCCACAUGGAGCACUACCUGCGCCAGGUGCACGGCAGCCCCACCCUGUCCAUGAUCUCAGCCGCCAGAGGCCUCAGCCCAGCAGACCUGGCUCAUGAGCAUCUGAAGGAGCGCGGCCUGUUCGGCCUUCCUCCUCCUCCUCCUCCUCCUCCCCCGGGGGCCGGCGCGGCGGAGUACUACCACCUGAUGGCCAACCACCGCAGCCCCUACGGCGAGCUGCUGCUGCCGGGGCCCGGGGCCCCGCUGGCCGACUACCUCUCUCCUGUUGACGUGUCCCGGUUCUCCAGCCCCAGACUGACGCCCAGACUCAGCAGGAAGAGGGCGCUGUCCAUCUCGCCACUGUCCGACGCCAGCAUCGACCUCCAGACCAUGAUCAGAACUUCGCCCAACUCCUUGGUGGCGUACAUCAACAACUCGCGGUCCAGUUCAGCCGCCAGCAGCUCCUACGGACACCUGUCGGUCGGGGGACUCAGCCCGUCGUUUCCCUUCCCUCACCCCAUCAACCCCAUGGCCUACCAGCAGCUCCUGUCCCAGCAGCGCGGCCUCAGCGCCUUCGGCCACAACCCGCCCCUCGUCCACCCUCCACCCACUUUCUCCAGUCGCCAGCAGGGCCUCGGCCUCUCCUGCCUGCCCACCUCCACCCACAACAACGACGUGUCGUCCAAGAACCAUGGAGGAGACUCUGCUGUCAGCAGCUCGGUGGAUCCCAUCAACAAACGCUCCAAAGUGAAGGCGGAGUUGGACGGCAUGAAGCCGGGAUCUCCUCUGUCACCGAACCAGUACAGCGGCGCUCAGGACCUGAAGGAGGACGUGGAGCGAGACGAGUGCAAGCAGGAGGCCGAGGCCGUUUACGAGACCAACUGUCACUGGGACGGCUGCAGCCAGGAGUACGACACGCAGGAGCAGCUGGUGCAUCACAUCAAUAACGACCACAUCCACGGAGAGAAGAAGGAGUUCGUGUGCCGCUGGGACGACUGCUCGCGGGAGCAGAAGCCCUUCAAAGCGCAGUACAUGCUGGUGGUUCACAUGCGCCGGCACACGGGGGAGAAACCACACAAAUGCACGUUCGAGGGCUGCUCCAAGGCCUACUCCCGCCUGGAGAACCUGAAGACCCAUCUGCGCUCUCACACCGGGGAGAAACCCUACGUCUGCGAGCACGAAGGCUGCAACAAGGCCUUCUCCAACGCCUCGGACCGGGCCAAGCACCAGAACCGGACGCACUCCAACGAGAAACCGUACGUGUGUAAAAUCCCGGGCUGCACCAAGCGCUACACGGACCCCAGCUCUCUCAGGAAGCACGUGAAGACAGUUCACGGCCCGGAGGCCCACGUCACCAAGAGGCAGCGCAGCGACCUGCCGCCCAGACCCCCCAGGGAGAACGGCGAGAACGAGAGAGCCGGCAGGCUCCACAGGGAGGACAAGCUGUUGGAGAACAGCUCCCCCAGAGUCACGGAGGAGUACCUGCACAUGAAAUCCAUCAAGACAGAAAACCCUGUGAUGCAUCAGUCCAGUCCUGGCGGUCAGUCAUCAUGUAGCAGCGAGCCGUCACCACUUGGCACCAACAAUGACAGUGGAGUAGAAACAGCGGCGCACAGCGGGGGGAGCCUGGGGGACCUCAGCGCGCUGGACGACCUGCCGUUCCUGGACUCUGUGGAUUUCUCCGGCGGGGUCGCAGCGGUCGGCCUCCAUCUCAGAAAGCAGCUGAGCGGCAGCCAGUGCCUGGAGAACCUCAAGAAGGAGAAGCUGAAGGCGGUACGGGACUCGUGUCGGUGGGCCAACAACCCAACACCCCCUGCUUAUCAAGGGACCACGCUGCCGCCUAUACCGACAAGCGGGUCCCUCCUGGAAAAUUCAAGCCUGUGUGGAGAUCCAGCCUCCUUCCCCGGCUCUGGCAAAAUGACUCUGCUGGGAAACCUUUCUGAGCGCAGAGACAGCACUUCCAGCACCUUCAGCUCAGUCUACACGCUCAGCCGCCGCUCCUCAGGCAUCUCCCCUGGUUUCUCCAGUCGACGCUCGAGCCAAACUUCUCAGUUUGCUGCCAACCGGCUGACGAACAUCAGCUCAGCGGACUCCUACGACCCCAUCUCUGCUGAUAUUUCUCGGCGCUCCAGUCAGGCCAGUCAGUUUGGGGGGAGUAAUAGUGGGCCUGGGGCUGCCAGCCCUCUCACCCUGACCCCAGCCCAGCACUACCGACUGAAGGCAAAGUAUGCUGCUGCAACUGGUGGCGCACCUCCUACACCUCUUCCAUACCCGGAUCAAUCAUGUCUGAAGGAUUUCAAUGAGUACUCGUCCAAAAACAGCCUCCGAUCCUUACAGUUCAGCAAGGAACGGAGCUUGAUGCCCCAUGAAGUACCUUCCAACAUUCCCCGUCGAGCCAGUGACCCUGUGAGACCUUUAGAUCCUCUCAACCAGCCUCCUCUACAUCGGUUCAACAGCAUGGUCUCACUCAACCGAAGGGUCUCCUUGCAGCCUCAUCCCCCUCCUGCAAAAGAUCACAGACGCUUAUCCCAGCAAGUGUAUGCACAACCGAACGUCAGUCCCCGUGGUUUCCCUCACAGCCUACAACCAGCAAGCAUUUCGGAGGACAUCACCAUGCAGACAAGAAGGUGCAAUGGAAAUCCCUCUGGUCAAGGAGAUUUCCACGGAGCUGGCAGCGGCCAGCAGCUGUACCACCAGAGACGGAUGGAUGGGGCGAAAAGGAGUCCACUCAUGAGUCCAUCCUCACCACACGGCAGUGCUGCUAGUGGACAGUGGAACAUGGACACCACCCAGCAGUAUACCAGGCUAGAUCCACGUGGGAAUCUGAUUGUCGUCCAACAGAACCAGAACGCUGGGUCUUUCAGUGGGACCUCCCACCAGCAGAUAGUCCAACACUUCAACAACAGAUGCAUGAAACCUGGACAGCACCACUUCCAGCAGUCCUCAAACCUCAAUGAAGCUUCUAGCCCUCAGCACAGGUUCAGUCAAAGUUCCUAUGACAGGAAUGGCAAGGCUCCGUAUCCACCCUGUGGGAACAUCCUGCACUGUAAGGAGGAGCCAGUUGACAUGGACUUUGGUCAACUCCAGCCUGCGCAGAUAAAAACUGAGAGUUUUGAUUCAUCCACCAUGACUUUAGACCAGCAGAACUGUAACAUGACUGGUUUCCGGACUGGGAAUCAGAACCAUCCCCAGCUGAGACCACCAACAGAACCUAACUCUCCAAAUGUCUCAAUACCGAAGGUGUUGACGCCACCAGAUGAUUCCCAGCUCUCCUCUAGUAGAGUUUCUGAACUCUCUUACAUCUCUGAGGACAACGCUCUGUUCUACACGGGUCAGAUCCGAGUCCUGGAGCCCAACGGGAACCUGGACUGUCACGUUUCCCUUCUGGUGAGUUCUCCUUCAGCUGCUCCACUCGACAACCAGGGGAGUAGGACUGCACCUGAGCACCCUCAGAUAGACUUUGAUAGCAUGUUGGACGAUGGGGAUCACUCCAGCCUCAUGUCAGGAACCCUGAGUCCAGGACUUCUCCAGAGUUUCUCCCAGAGUUCGUCUCGCCUCACGACGCCCCGGAGCUCGGUGACACUGCCCUCAGUCCCGACGGGAACCGGGAACAUGGCCGUCGGGGACAUGAGCUCACUGUUGAGCGCCCUGGCUGAGGAGAACAAGUUCCUCAACCUGAUUAGCUAACAGUCUGGACAUCAAAUUGUGGACUAAAAACUGUGCUUUGAAUUCAUCCGUCUCCCUUGUGUCCUUGUUCAUCCAGCUGUAAAUUAUUUUCUACUUUUCACCAAAAGCCAUACUUCUGUUCUUGCCUUAGGAUGUGAGUAUGAUGUAAAAAUUAGCCGUGGAACAGAGGUGAUCUUACUGAAGUGCCUGCUGGUGGAAAUAUGAGCCUGGACUGCAAGACGACGGGUUCAGAGGUCAGCGAUUAUGUUCCCGAAUCAUUUUAUGACAGAUUAACUGUGACCAACCUGCGACUGGAAGCAGGAACAGCAGAGGACUUCACCAGAACCUAAAUCUAUUAGACUGCAGCUCUUCCUGUUGUACAUUCUUCCUGUUUUCUGUGUAAAUACAAUUUGUACAUUUUUAAUAAACAAGAAUUAUGGAUUUUUUAAA